UAUGUUUCUCCACCUUUAUUUCCAUCUACAGAAGCAAUUGUUCUCUUUCUCCAUUAGGUGGCCUCAGCGACCCACUACCCUACGUGUUUGCCCUCAUGUCCUGAUGGAGUUUUGUAACCUGCAUCUUAAUUUAAUUAAACUAAACCACAGUGCAGAUUGAAUAAAGUCAAAUUAAGAGAAAUCACUGGGUAUUAAAGUGGCGAUAUGGGACGGUUUAAUCGGAACUGUGACACUUUUAACCUCUAAUCUCAGCACAAGUGGACACUAAAGAUAAAUCUAGUGUUACCUGCUGUAUCUUACUGUACAUUAGGCAGUAUAGCAAGGAUGGUUACCAAAGGCCACAGUCACGUGCUUUAAUUCCUACUUCACUUACUCUUGAAUGGGACAACGUCAGAGCGCCGAUGUGAAACUGAGCCGCGGGAGCGCAAAGACUCCGGGAUUUGCCCGCAGACGCGCGCUGAAGCUGCAGGAGGACGCAGCCAGAGCUGUGAUGGUGAUGAUGAUGAUGUUGUGUGUAUUAUUUAAUCGUGAACAACAGCCAGCUAUGUGGAGCCACCGAGGAUAUAAUCGGACUGUUUGUUUUGUUUUUAUCUGACAUGGAGACUUGAUGCCCUUCAGACGGACUUUGAGCACUGAAGUUUUUUGAUGGAAGCGAUGGGAAUUUUUUUUUCUUUUUCUUUUUAAAAAAAAACCCAGUAUCAAGCAACAGCUGACCACGUCUCUGGCUGCUGGUGACUUGAGUGAGCAGACAGAGGAUUCCUGAAAUUGCAGAGAUUUGGGACUUACAAACUGAGCAGACAGACAUCUGGCCAUUCCACUUAAGAAUUAAGUUACCACUACCUCUUCAGCAGUGCUGCUCAAACGAUGUCAAAUCUAAUUUACAAAGUCAGGGGGCUAAUGUCUGGCCCCAAGAGGGUUUGCCUCAAAAAACUCAUCCUUCAUCGUUUAUUAGAAAACACAAUGAUGGAGAUUUUUUGCAUUUCAGGAGCCUCCUAGAUUCUGAUCCUGUGGAUAUAAUGUAGGACGUCCCCUCAGCAUGACUUAAAUGAACACUCCCCACAUGUACAGGGAUGGAUCUCAUGAACUUUACGACUGUCAUCGACAAUGGGUUUUUGGAUGAGGCUCCAUCAAGCCGCGUCCUAACUGGUUGUUUCCUCUCGCUGCUCAUCCUCACGACCUUGCUGGGAAACACGCUAGUUUGCGCUGCUGUCACCAAGUUCCGCCAUCUGCGCUCCAAAGUAACCAACUUUUUUGUGAUCUCGCUGGCGGUGUCAGACCUCUUGGUUGCCAUUUUGGUAAUGCCGUGGAAGGCGGUGACAGAGAUCGCAGGGUUCUGGCCAUUCGGAUCCUUCUGUGACACCUGGGUGGCCUUUGAUAUUAUGUGCUCCACGGCAUCCAUUUUGAACCUUUGUGUGAUAAGCCUGGACCGCUACUGGGCCAUCUCCAGCCCCUUUCGCUAUGAGAGGAAAAUGACACCCAGAGUGGCCUAUGUGAUGAUCAGCGUGGCCUGGACGCUGUCUGUCCUCAUUUCCUUCAUCCCGGUGCAACUAAACUGGCACAAGGCCCAAACAAAGGCUUCUCUCCUCCCUCUCACUGGGUCCUCUGACCCUGUGGGAUCAAACGCUACUUCUUACCAAAGCUCAGAGAACUGUGACUCAAGCCUAAACAGGACUUAUGCCAUUUCCACCUCUCUCAUAAGCUUUUACAUCCCUGUGGCCAUCAUGGUGGCCACCUACACCCAGAUCUACCGCAUAGCCCACAGACAAAUCAGGAGGAUCUCUGCACUGGAACGAGCCGCCGAAAAUGCCAAGAACAGACAUGACAGCAUGGGUGGGGGCUCCAGCAUCGCAGAGUCUGAAAGCUCUUUCAAAAUGACAUUCAAGAGGGAGACCAAGGUGCUGAAGACACUGUCUGUGAUCAUGGGGGUGUUUGUGUGCUGCUGGCUCCCAUUCUUCAUCCUCAACUGCAUGGUGCCCUUCUGCGAGCAGUCAAGCGGAGGGGAGGCUUUCCCCUGCAUCAGCCCCACCACGUUUGACGUGUUCAUAUGGUUCGGCUGGGCUAAUUCCUCCCUCAACCCCAUCAUCUAUGCCUUCAAUGCAGAUUUCCGCAAGGCCUUCUCUAUCCUGCUGGGCUGCCACAGAUUGUAUCCAGUAGGCCACAACAUAGAGACGGUCAGUCUAAACAAGAAAUGACUCAUGACUCUCUAACAGUAAUGACUCAUCCUUAAUGCUAAGAGUACAAGCGUUCCUGCUGAGGCCGGUCUGAUCAACUUCAAACUAGGACGCUGCUCUCUGUGCUAACUCUUACUGUGACUGAAGGAUAUGAUGACCCUACAUGUACCCAUGUUUGCAUUGGGCGAGUGGCCCGGCUGUGUGCAGACUGUCAGAGUGAGCGUGCCGUGCUCGAUGUGGUCGAUACAAUGUCUUCAGAUGGAGGAAGCUCCUAGAUGAGGAGAGGGGAUUUGGGGAUUGAGAUUAAGACUCUCCGUUGUUGUGCCAGGGAGCUGGGAGCGCAACGGUGCUGACACGCCCGUGGGUUAGAUAAUCCCAUGACUGGGCAGCACACACCCUAAUGCUGUCAGACACCGCUCUCUUCAGUACCAUCACACACACGUACACAAACACAAACACUGUCAAAACAUGCUCCUGCAAAUACAGCGUAACUGCAGCACACAGCAUGCACACUACACAACAGAAAUAUGUUGCAUUACGAAAUUACGUUAACGUCCUGUGCUCUGCAAGGAUUCCAGUGGUAAAGCGUCAAACCAAAUCAUGUUUCUACACUGAUGAACAUGUAGGUAAAAUACAUCCAAAAGUGACUUAAUAUUGAAGCUAGAAUGAAAACAGAUUUGAUUUUACAUCCAGCUUAAUCUGUUAAUGUGAUUUUAAAAGCGGACACUUAAAAAUGUGAUCUGAAUUUCUGUUAAAAGUGCAGGUCGUCAAAGAGCUGAUUGUAUCUUAUUGUUGACAUUGGUUCACAAAUAUUAUUUUACAUCCCAUCCAAAUGUCAAAUCCUUAUGACUUCAAACCAAAUGUACUUGGCAGACACAUUGUUAAUUAUUUCUGCCUCAGUGCUUGAAGUGGUUUUAUGGAUGAGUGUCUCAUAUUAGUUUAUGUGUCCUGUAUUCAUAAACAAGAGAUGAUGACUUCUUUUGAAGAACAGGCAAAGACCUGAACAACAGUUAUGCUCGACUUGUGAUGUCUUUGACUAUUAUGCGUGUUUAGGGGCUGAUAACAGAAUUAUGAUUGAUUGUAUUAUGUUUGA